AUGCUUUCAUCAAACCCUAACAAGAACUCACUCCAAUGGAGGAAAAACUCCGGGGAGCUCGACGUUUUCGAGGCGGCAAAGUACUUCUCCGCGGCCAACGAAAACGAGCAAAAUUCAGACAACGUCCUUAGCGGAACGAAUCUUUCUCAGGCAAUCAUCGUCAGAGAAGACAGACAGAAUAUUCUCCGACGAUCCCGAUUGAGCCUGGAUUUGAUGCCGAACGACAAUCCAAUCUCUCAUCAAAAGAUGAUCGUGAAAGAGAGACAUCAGCCAACUUCUCCAGGUGGCAAGCUGGCUAGUUUCUUGAAUUCCCUCUUCAACCAACGACACUAUUCGAAGACGACGAAGAAAAAGAACAACAAGUCGAAACCCGAAAAAGAUUUCGAUGACGAAAAUACCCCUGGUGGAGGGAGAAGGAAAAGAAGAAGCAGCAUUAGCCAUUUCAUAAGAAUCACAAGUAGCAACAACAAUAAUAAUCACACAACUUAUCCGAAUACUCCGGCAAAACAGGUUAUUAUCUCCUUGCCUAAAAACACCGGGAACUCGAACCUGAAUCCCGCGUCGAUGGAUUACGAGUGCGUCAAAGAGAAAUCCAGGUUCAGUAACGGCGUUUUCUCCGACAAAAUAUCGAGAAACGGGAGUUUCGGAUUUUCGAGUAAUAAAGAUGAUUAUGAAGGUGCAGAGAGUGAUUCCAGCUCGGAUUUAUUCGAUUUACCGAAUCACGAACUGGAUUUCGGCUCAAGUGAUCUGCCUGUUUACGAAACAACACGUGUGAACAUAAUCAGGAUUGCUAAACCGAUUUCCAGGGCUACUACUACUACUACUGCAGUUUAG